UAACGUAUCGCCCCAUUAUCACGUAUGGGUGUCACUUUUCCCUUCGUUGAUGAUAUUUCUUCCUCUUCCGAAUAUGAUUAAUAUUGACGACAAAUUGAUUAAUCAUGAAAAAGAUCCUCGUAAAUCAGCGGAAGAAAUGGACGAACAACGGCAAAAGACACUCGCAUACGAGUAUCUCUGUCAUUUAGAAGAAGCGAAAAAAUGGAUGGAAGCUUGUUUGAGGGAAACUCUACCACCCACCACUGAACUGGAAGAGAAUUUACGGAAUGGAAUAUACUUGGCAAAACUUGCCCAUUUCAUGGCUCCUGAGACUCUACCAUUCAACAAAAUCUAUGACUCUGAACAAAAACGAUACGCAGUAGUUGGUUUGCAGUUUCGUCAUACAGAUAAUAUUAAUCACUUUUUAAAAUCUCUGAAGUCUAUGGAAUUGCCAUUAACAUUUCAACCAGAGACAACAGAUAUCUAUGACAAAAAAAAUAUGCCACGUGUUAUAUAUUGUAUUCAUGCUCUCAGUACUCAUUUGUUCAAAUUGGGAAAGGCUCCACAGAUUCAAGACUUAUACGGGAAAGUGAAUUUUACAGAGGAGGAAAUAAAUACUGUCAGUAGAGAAUUAAAAAAAUAUGGAAUACAAAUGCCAUCCUUUCAAAAAAUUGGGGGUCUCUUGGCAAAUAGCAUGCAGAUCGAUACUGCAACCCUUCAUGCUGCAGUUAUAGCAAUCAACCAAGCGAUUACAGAAAAAGAUUAUAACAGAGUAUUAACUGCACUACAGAAUAGAGUAGUACAUUUAAACAAUGUUAUGCCUUGCUACAUCAGAGAAUAUAGUGUUUCUUUACUGGAAGCUAAAGAUUCUAAGGCACAGGCUGCUCUUAAUAGAUCCCUCAAUGAUAGUUAUGUACCAGAUGUAUAUGAUGAACUUUUAACUCAAGCUGAGAUUCAAGGACACAUUAAUUUUGUUAAUGUUCAAUGUGCAGUGAAAAACGUAACACGCUUUAUUCAUGGUAAAAACAACGAGUUUUUGGAUGCAUUAAAAACACCAAUGCUAUGCUUACAAAAUGUCACUCCUGAGAAUGCAGAAUUAUAUAAAGAACAGCUAAUGAAAUUACUAGAAAGCUCUGAAUGGAAUAAUGUGUACUCGGAAAGUCGACAUCACUGGAAACAGCUGCUCCAGAGAGGAAUCGAUAAAGCAAAUGAUGCUGGAAUGAAAUCUUAUAAACGCAAUGAAAGUGUUAAGCAUUUGAAUCUAACACUACAAACUGGUGUGAAAAAUGAAUUUUACAAUGCUCUCAGAAAUCCGGAAUUGGGAUUAUCAGAUAGAAUUGAUGAAUUUGCAAUGCCGUUGUAUUAUGAAGAAAUGAAAGUGGACCGUACGGAAUCACAGAAUGACCUUUCAUUCAGCGAUAUAGUAGUUAGCGUGCGCGUAUUGUCGUUGAUUGCACAUAUUAGCAAAGCUGUAGACACCGGAAAUCCAGAUUUGGUUUAUCAAGCAUUAUCGAACCCGGAUUGUCACGUCUCUGGUCUGGAUCAUGAGAAUAAAGUAAAAUAUUAUAGAGCACUAGCAGCGGUUCGAUGUGAAAAGCAGGCAAUUUCCGAAGAAUGUCCUUUACUGACAUAUAUUGACAUUCAGGAGUGCAUUGACGUUGUGAAUCAGCAAUGCCAAAAUGACAGUGAUGUGAUACAAGUGCUGCGCCAAUUAAAUUCAGCUGUUGUGGAAAAUGAUCGAAACGGUAUUAUAACUGCUUUAAAAGAUACGGCUCUAAAAUUACAGAAGCCAACAUCACCGGACGAUGCAUCUCUUUACUUAAAAUUAUUUAAAAAGUGUCUUGCCGAAAAGCAUUUCGACGGUUCCGAAUUAUGGCUGGAUGAUGUAGAAACUAUAACGAAAAUCGUUGCUGCGGAAGCUGAAACCGUUCAGAAUGCGUGCACAUUUUUAUCACAAGUAAAUUUAGGCUUGCAGAGAAAUGAUAUGAUGUUCACAAUUGAUUGCCUUCAGACAUUUGGUUUCAAAAUACCAGAGAAAUAUAAGACAGAAUGUUUUGAAAAUCUGUGCCACUUGAGACAAAUCAAGAAUGAGAAGCACAAUUGCGCGCUUGUUCGCUUUGUUACUCCUAAAGGCAACGAAACAUACUUGGACUUACAUAAAUAUAAUUAUACAUGGGAUUGUCCCAAAAACAUAUCAGACACAUACUACAUCAAUAUGGACGACAUAAAGAGAAUAGUAAAGAAUAGUACUGUGAAAGAACACGAGAUGCACAAGAUAAAUAAACAGAUAAUUCGAUUGCAAGCUUCUAUUCGGGGUUACUUGCUACGUAAACGAGUAUCUGAUAGGUUUACAUAUUUUUACGACAAUGCGGAUAAAAUUGUGAAAAUACAAUCGUGGUGGAGGAGUGUAGUUCAACGGAAAAAAUAUAUUCAAGCGCUGGAGGAAAAACGAAAACACGAUGUAGAAAAAUAUCAAAAUAAGUACUUGAAAGUUAAAGCCAAGUUUGAAGAUAUAUUGUGUCAUUAUAGGGAACAUGAGAAAGCAAUUGUGAAAAUACAAGCUCUGUGGCGUGGUCGUGCAGAAAGACGAGCUUUCCGUUCGCUUUUACACAUGGAUAAACCACCUUUUUCCGUUGUUCGACAUUUUUCAGCAAUUUUGAAUUUUAACGCUGAAGAUUAUGACAGAGAUUUGCAGCUACAACACUUGAAGCAUGAAGUGGUGAAAACUAUUAGACACAAUCAAGUUUUGUCGCAGCAAUUAGAUAGUAUGGACAUAAAAAUCGGACUGCUUAUCCAAAAUAGAAUUACAUUACAAGAUGUUGUAGCACACGGAAAAAGUUUAGAGACUCUAGCAAAGCAGAAAAAUUCCAAUAGAGAACAAAAGAAUAGUUUGACCGAUGGAAUUAUAUCGCACAAGGGUCUGAAGUCAUUGACGAAAGAGGGUCGGAAAAUGUUGGAAGGAUAUCAACAUUUGUUUUACGCUUUACAAACUAAUCCGGUAUAUUUGUCAAAGCUGUUGUUUCUUUUGCCACAAAGUAAAACGAACAAGUUUCUUCAGAACGUAAUCUUAACACUGUUUAAUUUUGGAUCAAAUAUGAGGGAGGAAUAUUUACUAUUAAAACUGUUCGGGAGUGCUUUACAAGAAGAAAUUAGGUCGAAAUUUCAAAAACCAUCAGAAGUUGUAACCGGUAAUCCUCUCGUCCUGAAGAUGGUAGUAAACUAUGCUCGACAAUUGAAUGGUCAGAGGGCUUUGAGACAAAUCGUGGGUCCAAUUAUUGAAAAAAUUUUGGCCGAUCGAGCAUUGAGUAUAGAGACAAAUCCUGUUGACAUUUACAAAUGCUGGAGAAAUCAAUUAGAAAUGGAGACCGGGGAAACACUAAAUCUUCCAUACACGGUAACACAACAACAAGCUUUAAAUUACGAGCAAGUACGAAUAAGACUGAAUAGAGGAAUACAAUUGUUGCAAAUGACGGUUUUAGAGUUCUUAAAUAAAAUCACUGAAUCCAGAGAUUUAAUACCGUACGGGAUGUUGUACAUGUCUAAGGUUUUGAACGAUUCCUUAACUGAAAAAUUCCCAACUGCCCCGGAAAAAGACAUAUUGAAAGUAGUAGGAAAUUUGAUUUAUUAUCAUUUCAUCAAUGCAGCCAUUGUGGCGCCGGAUGCUUUCGACAUAAUCACGUUACCCAUUGAUCGAUCAUUGUCAAACGAUCAACGAAGAAAUCUAGCUAGCAUCGCGAAAAUAUUACAAUUUGCAGCUUCCAAGAAAGGGUUCGGAGAGGAAGCCACACACCUGGUCUGCUUGAAUUCAUUCAUAAUUGAGUGCCAUGAAAAGUUCAAAAGGUUCUUUCGGUACUGUUGUCAAAUCGAAGACUUGGAGGAACACUUUUGCAUUCACGAAUACACUGAAGCUACCCUUAUUGAGAAGCCUGAGAUUUAUAUUUCAUUACAAGAAAUUUGUGAUACUCACUGUCUCAUGUUGGAGUAUCAAGAUCCAAUAGCACCAGACCCGAUGGAUCCUCUACAUGAUUUACUAGAUGAUUUAGGUCCUGCACCAACUGUAGCAUCUUUACUUGGAAUCUCUGACAACACGUCCGAGACGAACUUGACGCGUUUUGGGAAAACAGAAGUGUGCCUGGUACUCACCAAUAAAUUCCAAGUUCCGGAGGACGAAGACGCCAACUUGAACAAACUUUUCAUAAAGACCAAAGAGUUACUGGUUUCCGUACUUCAAUUCUUAAAAGGUCAAACAUUAGUGGAAGCUUUGGAAACAUCUUGUUCGCCUGUACAAGAGAAAUUGUACGACGUAAAAUGCUCCAGCAUAUCGCCCACAUUGAACAUUAUCCAUAAAAGCUCGUCCUUGAAUGAUUGCAAGCUUCAGCUACGCGCGUAUCUUAAUAAACUGGAACUUGGAGGGUGGGUUAGCCAAACAGACGGAUAUCAGAAUAUCAUCACCGCAGUGGCCAAGGAUCUUUGUAACAAAGGGAAGUAUCGGAUCAUCCGAAAUAAAGAGUUGCAGACCUUGCGCGUAACUAAACAGAGAUUAGAAGAGAAAAGCAAGUAUUAUCAAGAACAAGUCGAAUAUUAUAACGAAUAUAUACAACGAUGUUUAGAGAAUUUACACACAGGAAAGGGGUCUUUACGAGCGUUUAAAGCAAUCCAGAAAAAUAGUCACGGAAAAUUGAGAUCUAAGAUGACGUUAAAAUAUUCGGCCGCAAAGUUACAGGAAAAAGGUGUGCUACUGGAAGUCGACGGACUGCCGCAAUCGCAGUUUAAAAAUGUAAUCUUUGAAAUAAGCCCGACGGAACACAGCGGCCUUUUCAACGUUCGUUGCAAGUUUAUGGGUGUAGAAAUGGAGAAAGUUGACAUCGACAUACAGAAGUUGCUCGAACUGCAAUUUGAAGGAGCACCGAUUAUGGACAUGUUCGGUAAAGCAAAGGUUAACGUGAACUUGUUGUUAUAUUUAUUGAAUCGAAAGUUUUACGGUAAAACUUGAGGGGACAGAAUUAAAUUGUGUAUUAUUUAUGAGUAUGAGUUCUGCGCGCUUGUGCAAUGUUGUAUUGUGAUUACGAUCUUUUCUAUUUUUUUUGUUUUAACUAAAGUACACCGAACUCCAAAUGUUUUGGAGUUACCGAGAAUUAUAAAAUCUGCUUCACAUUGUUCGCAUAGUAACUUUUAGCAGAUGAUCAACUUUUGUAAAUAAUUGUACUUAUAGCAAUUUAAUGUUUUUAAUACAAGUGUCCUUUGUAUGUAUGUAUGUACGUGACAUUGCAAUAUGUCGCUAUAGUGUAUAACAGUGCAAGGUAUACAGAUUUUUUUUAAUUGUCGAAGUUACAACAUCAUGUAGAGUGUAGAGUAUGGACACUGAUCUAUGAUGACUCAGCUGUUUGGAUUUUAUAUUGUAACGCGAACGUUGGUUGUAAAUUAAACUUAACGACAAUGCGCAACAAAGUCGAUGAAGCAAAAACAAUUUCGUAUGCGAUCGAAUACUUUAAAUGUGAAAUAUAUUUUUCUAAUCUUUAUAAAAAUAAGUAAACUAAUGAUAGUAAAUGUCACCUAUUAUUGAAAGAACAUUUUUUCUUGUUUAAUCUUUUUUUUUUCAUAUGUAUAAUUAAACUUAAUUUCAGCCGUGUAUCAUACUUCAUUUCUUCUGUCGCUCAUUUUAGUAGAGGGCGCGGCGAAUAAGUGUAUGUAAUAUAAAAUCUUAUUAGAAUGUAAACAUUUUUAUGUUGCACCGUCAAAAUAAGCUAAGGCAUAUUCUGAGAAAUUCCUAACCGAGAACAAUAGACUGUCCAUUAUUAUUUCUACGUUUGUCAUGCUAUACAUAUAACUUAUAUUACUAUUUUAAUACUGGACAACCUAGUGUUCUUGUGCAUUUUAUAAAAUUUAAAAUCGAAUAGUCUGAACACAAAUCCGAGGUUUCUAUCAUUUGCAUAUUUUAAUACAAUAGAUUUCUAUUUUUAUAAAAUAUACUACAUAAAGGCCUGUUUAGUGGAUACUGGCGAAUAAGCCUGCACAUUUAACGCAAGAAGUUACAUUAAACCAAAGUUUCACUUCUUCAAUGUCAUAUUCCGCACGAAUGUAUUGUGUUGACAGUUUAACGUAAUUCUAAAAAAAUUCACCUAAAACAAAAUAUCAGCGUUGAAAUCUUUUUUAUUUUAUUAUCUCUA